GCCAGCUCAGGCGCUGGUGUAUAAAAGCCCGAGGGUCGUCGGCUCCGUUCCACGCAGACUCGCGCCCCGCUGCCGGAGCUAUGAAGUGGCCACUGGUGUUGGCAACCGCCAUGACGUGCCUUUCGGCUCAGCCGCCUCGACGCUUGACCAGAGAUGCCGAGACUCGACGGCUGCCAAAGCAAAACGAAACGCGCAACUCAUCAAGCUUGAUGAGCGUCACGUCAAACGCGACCUCCGAUGACACGUCGAAGCUGACGUCGCGGGACACAUCCGCGACUCCGUGGCUCAUCUUCAACUCGACGUCAAACGAAAGUGGGCGCCUUUACGAGCAGGUCGCUUCCAUGGGCUGUAUGCUGCCCACCUGCUCCGUCACAGAUCUCGGGUCCAAGCUUCAAGUCGGGGACGAAACGGCAGGCGGCUCCACGCUCGACCCGGAAGGGUUUGGGAAGAAAUGACGCCGGGCGACCUGCUCCCCCCCCCCAUCUUUGAGUCGUGUGUUUUGCUUGCACAGUUGGCUCAGUGAUGUUUUGUGCAUUGGAAACUGUUUGCUGCAUGGCCAUUGAUUGAUUGAUUGAUUGGUUGGUUAAUUGAUUGAUUGAUUGAUUGAUUGAAGCGCUCCGUGCCAAGUUGAUUUGAUCCUCAAGUCACCUCCACCAUAGUGUGCGUGCUUUGUGGAGAAAUGGAGGCAUCGCUAAGAGCUGGUUACUAAAUGUGAAAUAGUAGAACAUUGAAAUAAACACAAAACAAGGCAGAAA